AUGUUUCACGGGGAUCCGAGUCUGAAGGGGGAAAAGGGAGAUGCUGAGCGGGAGCUGCAUCGGGGGUGUCCCCCGGAGCCUGCCCAGCUCUUCGCCGCCGGCCGCCUCCGCCUGUUUGUCAAGCCUUGGCAUUUCCUGACGGCCCGACUCGUUCGCAGCACCGGCCUGUCUGUCGGCGGGCGGCUGCCCGGGGACAGGACCCGGCCCGCGGGUGCGGUCGCUGCCGAACGGCGCCUCUGCCCUGCGCGCACCGGCCGCGCUCCCCGAGCCUGCGGCGUCGGGAGCCGUCGGGGCGCCUCCCGGGCCCGGGUGCGGGGGUGCCCUGCACCGGGAACCGUGCUCCCGGCCCCUUCUCUCGGCAGAGCCCCUGCCAGGAGCCGGAGCCGGCCCGGGUACCCCCGCGGGUCGGUGCUGGAGCAACACCGGCCGCGCCGACUCCGCUCCCGACCGUACCUUCUCCCUCAGGCCGGGGAUCUGGGCGCAGCCUCGGCUACCACUGAAAUUUCCCCCUCACCCCCCAUUAAUUUUAAGGGAGGGUUAGUCCCCCAGCGACCGCAGCCGUCCACCACUGACAGCUCCGGCUUGCAAAGGUCUGAGCCGCUUCGUGUGUGCGUCCCGCACCGCAGCCGCGCACGGAGUUCCGCGGGAGAGUCGGCAAACCCCGCAGCGCGGCCCGGCUGCCGCCGAGCCGACGGCCCGUGUCCCGUCCGUCCGUCCGUCCCCCCCCCCGCCUCCCCGGGUGCAUUUCUGUGCUCAGGACGGGGCGGGUGGUCAAGGCUUGCCCCGGGCUGCACUGCCAGCGGAGGAGCUGCUUUAAUCUGUUCCUCGCAGCGAGAACAAACAGUGCCUAUCUCCCUGCUCCCCUGGACGGAGUCCAGCGCUCCGGAUGGAUUUGGGGGGGGCGGGGGACAGAGCGGGGGGAGGCUGAGAAGACCGCGAUGGUGUCGGCACCGGCGGGACGCGUGGAUGGAAGCCGGCGGCGCGGGGUGCGCGCCCGGGCGCCCGCGGAGAGCGCCGCUGCCUCACACCCCCCCCCCGCCCCCGUCGGGGCACCGCGGCCGCCGUCUCCCGCGCGGUGCGGGGAGAGCUCCGCACCGGCUGCCGCCGGGACAUCCGCCCCAACGCGCCCCGCGGGUGCGGAGCGGGGCCGGAGCCGGCGGCGGGCGCAGCGGGCAGGGCGCCGCGCUGGCCUCCAGGGGGCGCUGCAGCCGCAGGGUGACCGUCGGUGGCGGUCCCCGUGCACCGGGAAGGCCAGUGGGGGCAGGAGGGGCCCUCCCGAGGUGGACGCGAAAAGGUGACGCGGAAGCGCAGGGCUCUGGCGGGACCCCGCGGCCUGUGGCCCCGGGGGCGUCACCCCUGCUGGACGGGUGUCCGCUGCCGUGGAGCUCCCCCCGACGUCCGGGCGACCGCGGGCUGCGGCGGGAGCGGAGGCGCCGGGCGGCGCGGCGGUACCGGCCGGGUCUCGCCGCGCACCUGCUGGCCGGGCCGGGCGGCGGAGCGCCGGGGUCACCGGGCUUUGCCCGCCAGCACAGACGUGCGGGGCUGCCGCCGCGCAGCCGUGCGGGUUAUUUUUUCUUGCUGCAAAGAGCAAAAAAUGAUGGUUCUCCCGAAACAACCCCCUCCGAUCCUUGUGUCCGGGAGAGAACUUCCUUGGCAUCCGCAAGCCAGCAGUGCGGGGCGGAAAAUGCGGCUGUAAAGCCCCCUUUCCACUUCGUUCCUGAAGCAACCGGCCUCGCUCGAGAAAGCACAACAACGAGGGCAUGCGGGUCCCCCCCAGCGCAGUGCCGCAGCCCCCCAGCCCGCCCGCGGCCGGCGAGCCCUCGCCCCGCGCAGGCUCCCGCGGCCGCCCGCACCCACCUCGCACCCGGCCCGGGGGAUCUCUCCUUCUCCCGGAACGGUGCCGCGGCCGCCGCCUCGGCUUUUCCCCCGGAGGAGCAGCCGGCUGCGGUAGGUAAGCGGCUCCCCCGACCGCCCUGCCCGCUGCCGUCGGCGUUAGCGGGGCGGCGGCGUCCCGGGGAGGCGUGUGGGGGGGAGGAUCGCGGGGUCGCCGGGUUUACUUUCAGUUUGCAGCUCCGCGGCGGUUCAGAUGCGGGUCCCCCCCGCACGCCGCGGGCGCGUUGGUGCGGGGCCAGGCGGCGGGGGCCUCCCGGGGUGCGCGGUCGAUGUCCUCCACGCGAAAUUCCUGGCGGGGAGGAGCCGGUCCCUGCGUGGAGUGACCCGCGGGUCGCGCCGGACAAGUCCUCGGUCCGUGGAAAUAUACCUGGCUGCGCGGGCAGCGGCGGAGUUUUUUCGGACUUGGUUCUUUGGCAUGAAAACGAGCGCCCUGCAAUGACACCACCACACAUAGCCGCAAAACGCGGCUGGGAAGGACGAGGCUCUGCCCUACCGAAAUCCUGUGUCCACCUCGGUCAUAGCUCAGAGACGGUGGCUCCCAAAUCCCUCCGCAACGAGCCGGGAUGGAGGCAGGAGCCGCGGUAG